AUGGGUACUGUUUAUGAUGAACAAAUUCGUGUACUUAUUUUAAAUGAAGGUGAAGAUAAAAGUGAAGAAUUAUAUCGUUUAAAAAAAGGAUGGACUCUUCAAAUAGUUUUAUCAUCGAAUUUAUCAUGGAGAGAUGUUCGAAUAUUUACAAAUGCUUGUCUUAAUGAAAAAGAUCAAUUUCAACGAAAUAAUUAUCAAGAAUUAAAAUGGAUUUAUCCAUCAAAAGGAAAAUAUGAUCAUUCAGAUCGUUAUCUAUCGAUAUUAUGUUGUAAAUCUGGAUCGUUUCAUUAUUAUUUUACAAUUGAUGGAACAACAACAAAAGAAAAUCUAAAUGGUCAAGGUUAUUUUCAAGUUGAAUCAUAUUUAGUUUGGCCAGAUGGUAGUGAUGAAGUAUUAGAACAAGAAUAUAUAACAUGUCAAUCAAUAUUAUCAAAAUCCUUAGGUCCUUUAUCAGAAUGGUUAUCACGUAUUGAAGUAACACGUCAUUCAGGUUAUAAUAUGAUACAUUUAACACCAAUUCAAUAUCUUAAUAGUAUAUCAAAUUCUUCAUAUUCAAUAAGUGAUCAUCAUAAAUUGAAUUCAACAUUUGAAUGUACAUAUAAACAAUUGAAAACAUUAAUUGAUCAAAUGGCUAAAAAAUGGAGAAUAUUAUCAAUAACAGAUAUUGUUUAUAAUCAUGCUGCUGAUGAUUGUUCUUUAUUUCGAGAUCAUCCAGAAUCUUCUUAUAAUUUAAUUAAUUCACCACAUUUAAAACCAGCUGUACUUAUUGAUUCAAUAUUAAUGCAAUUUACUCGUGAUGUAAGUGAAGGAAAACUUCUAUCAAAAGGUAUUAAUGAUGAUAUUAAAGAACAUCAUUUACCAUUAAUACGUCAUUAUUUAUUGAAUGAAAUAAUUCCUCAAUAUAAUAUAGAAGAAUAUUAUAUAUGUGAUAUAAAUAUAAUAAUUGAACAAUUUAAUAAUAAAUUAUCUUUAUUAAAUGAUUGUCCUGAUAAACCUUUAUAUUUAAAUGAAAAUAUAAUUGAAAUAAAUCAUGGAAAAUAUCAAAGAAUGAAAAGUUUUGUUGAUCUUGAUUUAUGUGAAAAAGUUUAUUUUUAUAAAAGAGAAUAUUUAUCAACAAAAGAACAAUCAAUAAAUGCUGCAUGUAAUGCAUUACGUUAUCGUCUCUAUUUUUUAAAUAAUUUAAUAUCUAAAAAAUUAAAUGAAAAUUUAAAUCGAGCUAUUGACAAUUCUAUUGCUUCAUGUCGUUAUCAUUUUUUUUCAUAUAAUGGACCAAAAUAUAAAAAAUUGUCUUUACCAUCAACACCAUUUGUUGGAAAUUAUUUUCAUUAUCCAAAUAGAGAAUUAAAACAUCCAGAUGAUAUAAAUAAAUUAAUUGAAUAUGAUUAUAAUUAUCAAUUACAUGUUAUGGCUCAUAAUGGUUGGAUUAUCAAUGAUGAUCCACUUAGAAAUUUUGCUGAAUCAGGAGAAGAAAGUUAUUUACGACGAGAUUUAAUUCAAUGGUCUGAUUUAAUAAAACUUCGUUAUGGUUAUCGAUGUGAAGAUUGUCCAUCAUUAUAUUCAUAUAUGAAAGAAUAUACACGUUUAGUAGCAACAACAUUUCAUGGUUGUCGUCUUGAUAAUUGUCAUUCAACACCAUUAUGGUUAGCACAACAAAUGAUGGAUUAUGCUAGAGAAAUAAAUCCCAAUUUUUAUAUUAAUGCUGAACUUUCAACAGGAAAUAUUAAAACCGAUGCUCUUUUUAUUAAUCAAAUUGGAAUUAAUUCGGUAGUUAAAGAAUCGCAUCGAUCAUUUGAUCCAUAUGAAUUGGGUCAAAUGAUAUCAUUAGUUAGUGAAGGUGAUCCAAUUGGUUCAUUUAUAAAAAGUAGUAAUCAUAAAUUAUUACCAAUUAAACCAUAUUCAUGGUUUUAUGAUCAAACACAUGAUAAUCCAUGUCAAAUUGAAAGAAGAUCAGUUGAAGAUGUUAUUCCACGUUCAGCUUGUGUUGCUAUGGCUUAUUGUUCAACUGGUUCAAAUCGAGGUUAUGAUGAAUUAGUUCCACAUCAUAUUGAUGUUGUUCAUGAAACAAGAUUUUAUUCCAAAUGGGGUUAUCAAUCAAAACAAACAAAUGAAAAAACUGCUAUUAUCUCUAUUAAAAGAGCUUUAAAUAAAUUACAUAUUGAUCUUGCUCAACAAGGUUAUACUCAGUUAAUGGUUGAUCAAUUAAGUACAUCAGCAUUAUUAAUAACUCGUCAUAAUCCUGAAACACAUAAAUCAGUAUUAUUAAUAGCUCAUACAUCUUUUUUUCAACCAAGUGGAAAAUGGGAAUAUAUUAAUUCAUUAUCAAUUGAAGGUGUUAUUGAUGAUAUUUUAUUUGAAGCAUCAAUAAAUCAUCCACAAGAAAAAGAACCCGUUAGAAAUUUUCAAAGAUCAAAAGAAUAUAUUAAUGGACUUGAACAAACAAAAAUAUAUUUUCGUGAAAAUUUAUUUAUUGAACAAAGUCGUUGUAUUCGUUUAAAAUCCCCAAAUUCACCUGAUUAUAUUGGUUUUCGAACAAUUGAAUUUACAAAUGAUUUUCGUCCAGGAUCAAUAAUUGCUUUAGAAAUCUCACUACUUCCACAAAUUCGUCAAUCUGUUAUUUAUCUUAAACAAUUAUUAGAUCAAUAUUCAAAUCCUCGAAGUCAAUUUAAUCAUAUUAUUAAACAAUUAACAUUAGUUGAUUUAGAACGUGUUAUUUAUCGGACAUCAAUUGAAGAACAAUCGGAUGGAAAAGGUUUUGAUGUUUAUUUAAUACCUGAUUAUGGAAAACUUGUUUAUUGUGGUAUUCAAGGACAAAUAUCUGUUUUAGAUAAAAUUCGUUUAUUUAAUCAAAUAAAACAUCCAUUUAUUAUUAAUUUAAAACAAGGAAAUUGGUUAAUGGAUUAUAUAUCAAAUAGACUUAAAAUUCAUUCAAAUACAAAACAGUUAGGUGAAUGGUAUGGAAAUGCAUUUCAACAUAUAAGUUCAUUAUCACGUUUAAUGGUUCCAAUUUAUUUUGAUUUAAUUAUAACUGGUUCAUAUUAUUUAUUAAUAGAACAUGCUUAUCAAUUAAUGAGUCCAUUUAUUAUUAAUUCAUCGAAAUUUGUUCGUUCAUUUUCCCAAACAAGUAUUCAGUUAUUAAGUUUUAUUCGAAAUGCACGUUUACCAUUAUUAUCAUCAAAUAUUGCUAAACCUUAUCCAAUUGAAGAAAAAGAUGAACAAACAUUUGAACGUAUUCAAUUAAUUCCAUCAUUAGCUGCUGCUUUUCCACAUUUAUCUUCUGGUUUAUGGAGAAAUUGGGGUCGUCAUACAUUUAUAUCAUUACGUGGUCUUAUUUUAUUAACUGGAAGAUAUGAAGAAGCUCGUUAUUUAAUAUUAUCUUAUGCAUCAUCUAUUCGUCAUGGUUUAAUUCCUAAUUUAAUAUCAGAUGGAAAAAAUGCUCGUUAUAAUUCUCGUGAUGCUGUUUGGUGGUGGUUAUAUUCAAUAUCAAUAUAUACUAAUUUAGUGCCUAAUGGUUAUAAUAUCCUUAAUGAUAAAGUUUCACGUUUAUAUCCAAAUGAUGAUUGUCCACCCGAAACAGUUGAUUCAUAUAAUCAAUCAUUAUAUGAUAUUAUUUAUCAAGUUCUUAUUAAACAUAUUCAAUCAUUAAAAUUUCGAGAACGUGGAGCCGGACAUUUAUUAGAUUCAAGUAUGAAUGAUCAAGGAUUUUUUAUUGAAAUAGGUGUUGAUACAAAAACUGGUUUUGUUUAUGGAGGUAAUCAAUGGAAUUGUGGAACAUGGAUGGAUAAAAUGGGUUCAAGUGAAAAAGCAUCAAAUAAAGGUCAUCCAGCAACACCACGUGAUGGUUCAGCUAUUGAAUUAGUUGCUUUAUCUCGUGCAACUAUUUCAUGGAUUAUUCAUAUGAAUAAACAAGGAUAUUUUCCUUACGAUUUUAUUCAAACAUAUUCAGAAUCUGGUGAAAAACAAAAUAUAUAUUUAACUGAUUGGUUAAAACGUAUUGAUGAAAAUUUUGAAAAUGAAUUUUGGAUUGAUCAAUCAAAUUCAUCGGAAUAUGUUAAUAGAAAACAAAUAUAUAAAGAUACAGUUAAUUCAACAUUUAAAUGGACUGAUUUUCAAUUAAGACCCAAUUUUAUUAUUGCUUCUGUUAUUGCUCCAGAAAUGUUUAAUAAAACUCAUAUAUGGUUAGCAUUAAAACAAGUUGAAACAAUUCUUUUGGGUAAAUAUGGAAUAAAAACACUUGAUCCAAAUGAUUAUAAUUAUAUUGGUGAUUAUAACUAUGAUGAUGAUUCAUAUGAUUAUAAACGAGCACAUGGUUUUAAUUAUCAUAAUGGUCCAGAAUGGUUAUGGUUAACUGGUUAUUAUAUACGAUCAAAACUUUAUUGGUCAAAAGAACAAAAUGAUCAAUAUAUAUAUGAUGAUACAAUAAAACAUAUACGAAAACUAAUAUCAUUACAUAUGGAUUUAUUUAAUUCAAGUGAUUGGAAAGGUUUACCUGAAUUGACUAAUUCAAAUGGUCAAUUAUCUUAUUAUUCAUCUUAUGUUCAUUCAUGUUCUUGUGCUACUUUUUUAGAAGCAUUAUAUGAUCUAUCAACUAUUUAA